UUGUUGCGCGGAGCGACGGUGCGCAUCCUCCAUCCAUCAGUGAUUUUCAUCCAUGGUAGAGGACGUUUCUCCUCUUCCUUGUUUUCUUCUCGCUGCCAAGGCCAUCCUUUAAAAAAUCCUCUGCCAUCAAAUCCGAAACGAACCUUCAAAUUCCAUGCUAUCCUAAAAUAAAUAGCUAUUCAUUUUUCAUUUACAUUUAAAUCUGUCCGCCCAUUUACAUACACAAAAAUUUAUUUUGGAGACUUCCACUUAAUUUUAACACAUCCUAAAAAUAAAAAUGAAUCUAAAUUUACGGCAUUUAUUCCUUAUUAUGCUUAUGCCUCCUCCUUGGCUAUUUCCAUUAUUUAUUGAACACAACAGCAUUAUUAUAGCCUCAGCUACAUUAUGCGGUCCAUUACCUUCAACUUGUUUGCCAGCACCACCUUGCCCACCGCCAUUGAUACCUCCUCCUCUUCCUCCUGCACCUCCACCACCACCGCUUCCACAACUUCCAUGCUCGAUGCCUUGCCCUCCUCCUCAUCCGCCUGCACCUCCGCCACCACUCCCACAACUUCCAUGCCCAACACCUUGUCCUCCUCCUCUUCCUUCUCUUCCUCCUGCACCUCCACCACUUCCACAACUACCAUGCCCAUCACCUUGUCCCCCUCCUACUCCUCCAUCUCCUUGUCCUCUUCCCCCACCAAGAUUGCCAACACCAAAUUGUCCACCACCACCAACUACAUAUCAACCUUUUCUGCCACAACCAGCACAAAACCAAUAUCAAACCUAUCUUCCUUCACCUCAAGUCCCUUAUGCUCCAAAUCAACAACAAAUUGUGCCUCCAUCCUAUUCAACUAGACCAAUUCCUAUACCAAUAGCACCUCAGCCAGUACCUCAAUCAAAUACAUAUCAACUUCCCCAGCCAUCACCUUACGCAACGCAACCGGGUCUUAGCUAUGGAUACGGUUAUGGGAGGCAAUCAGUUUCCCCCUAUUAUAAUUCAAAUCCUUAUCAAAAUCCUAUACCGGCCAAAGAAAGAUUUGUUCACAAUCCAGAAGAAAAGGAAGAACAAACUACACAUGAAAAGGUUAAAGACCCAUUUGAGAAACUAGAAGAUAAUGAGGCUGAAAACAAAAGUGGUGGGGAUGAACGAACGAAAACAACAGGAAAACAGCGUAUUAAUCCGCAAUUUCAACGGGAUGACAACUAUAUUGUUCCUGGUUAUGCUCGACCAACUACGCCUAUCGAUGUUCCACUUCCAAAACCAAUGUCUCCAAUAAUUUAUCCAACACCAAUUCCAGUUUAUCAACAACGACCGCCACCAUUACAGCAAAUGCUUCCAGCAACCAUCUACCAGCCUUCACCUCAACCAAUUUCACAACAAUGGCAGCCAUAUCCACAGCAACUUCAAUGUCCACCCUGCCCUCUUCCUUCUCCUCAACCGCUUCCUCCGCCUCCACAACCAGCGCCCAUUCAAAAUUGUUGUCUUCGCUGUCCGUACACUAAAACAACUGCUUUACUUAAAUCAUAUGGUGUAAAGACAAUCACAAAACAUUAUUUACAUAGUGGAAUAUCUUCUUCUGUUGAUGAGUUGGCAUUUCACACAAAGAAGAGAGAUGAGGGAAAAUGUAACGAUAAAGAACUGGCCGGGAUUUUGGGAGAGGUUCUUACGCUGAAAAUGAAUUUAGCAAAAGAGGCAAUUUUGGAAAGAGUUGAAAAACGAUUGUUAACAUCUACUAGUGGACACCAACGACCUAACAUUCUCUUCCACGUUGUUUGUGCCCCAAGAAUGCUGGAAUAUAUUGUGAGAUCAGAAAAGUUUUGUGCAGGGGAUGUUGCCGAUGGUAUUUGUUUUGUAUUUAGAACAGGACAAUAAAGAAAUUAAAUAUAAAAAAUUGAACAUAUAACCUCUAGUAAAGUUUUAAUUUUAUUUUUUAAUUUAAAUGGCCCCUUCCUAGCCUUCCCCAAAACUGUCAUUUUUUACUAGGAUUCGACAUUGAGUCGGGACUGGGCUUUCCCGUCCCGACGGCCAGGUAUUUUGAUAAGACUGCUUUUCUGGGUUUUGGCCCGGGUCAGUUCGAGAGGAAAAACCCGAGUACCUGGCCUGCAAUUUGAAAAUGUCGAACU